AUGGCCAAGUGGCUACGAGACUACCUGAGCUUUGGCGGUCGGAGGCCCCCUCCGCAGCCGCCCACCCCCGACUACACGGACAGCGACAUUCUGCGGGCCUACCGGGAGCAGAAAGAUUUGGACUUUGAGGACCCCUAUGAGGAUGCAGAUGGCCGCCUAGAGACCGACUCCGCGGGGCCCGGGGACUCCACCAAGCACGACUCCCCAAAGCACCGGCUCAUCAAGGUGGAGGCAGUCGACAUGGCCAGAGCCAAGGUCUUGCUGGGCAGCCCCCGGGAAGAGUUGGAAGUCGACACCGAGUACUCGGACCCCUUUGAUGCCCAACCUCACCCGUCACCCCCGGAUGACGGCUACAUGGAGCCCUACGAUGCCCAGCGAGUCAUGAGCGAACUGCCAUACAGGAGGGUGCAGCUGUAUGACACUCCCUAUGAGGAGCAGGACCAAGAUCUGGGAGAUGGGCCUCCUUCAGGGUGGAAACCUCGGCAGAGCCGGCUGCCCCAGGAGGAUGAACGGCCAGCGGACGAGUAUGACCAGCCCUGGGAGUGGAAGAAAGACCACAUCUCCAAGGCGUUUGCAGUGCAGUUUGACGGUCCGGAGUGGGAAAGAACCUCAGGCUCAGCCAAGGAACUCCGGAGACUCCCGCCCAGAAGCCCCCAGCCUGCAGAGCGCGUGGACCCGGCCCUGCCUCUGGAAAAACAGCCGUGGUUUCACGGCCCGUUGAGCCGGGCAGAUGCCGAGAACCUCCUGUCGCUCUGCAAGGAAGGCAGCUACCUCGUGCGGCUCAGCGAGACCAGCCCCCAAGACUGCUCCCUAUCCCUCAGGAGCAGCCAGGGCUUCCUGCAUCUGAAGUUUGCUCGGAUCCGAGAGAACCAGUUCGUGCUGGGUCAGCACAGCGGCCCCUUCCCCAGCGUGCCGGAGCUGGUGCUCCAUUAUAGCUCCCGCCCACUGCCCGUGCAGGGCGCUGAGCAUCUGGCCCUGCUGUACCCCGUGGUCUCACAGACCCCCUGACUGAGCCUCAGCCCCCCGCCCUGGGUUGUGAGGACCCAGAUCAGUGGCUGCAAACGGUGGAGGUCUUCCCAGUCCUGGAGGAGGCUGGAUGCAGAGACCCCCCUCCCCCUCCAGGCUCUGGGUCUUCAUCAGAGCCGCCCUGCUCAGCCUCCUUCUGGGUCUACGGAUCAGAAUUUUGUCUCGAAGCCCUCCUCU